CAGGCCUUCGCGAUCGGGCCUGGCUGGGUUGGGCUGCGAUCCAAGCACCCCGUCCGCCACAGCGACCAUGGAGUCAACGUCGAUCAAGGGCAAUGUCCAUGAAUACCUCAACUCGCUGCCAAAACCCACACUCGACAAGCUGUAUGCUCAGCCGGCGACAUGUCUGGCCGUGCUACGGCUGCUGCCCAACUUUGCCCAGCACAUCAUCAUGCGGUUGGUGUAUACCUUUGUCGAGAAAAUCACCGCCCGGGAUCUCGAAGCCUGGUGUCUGUCCACCCAUCUGACGGAUCUGCACGACUCGAUCAAGAAGCUCCUCAAGCUCAACAUCCUCGUGGCCGUCGGUCCCCAAGAUCCGCUGCACGGCGUCUUUUCGAUGAACCGAGGCUUUCAGGAGAGCUUGCGCAACGCUCUCGUUGGCGGCGGCAAUCACACAAGCUUUGGCGAGGUGGCCGGCAGUGACAAGCAUAACGUUGACGUCAAGUUCUUGGACGAGUACGCCUCUCAAGCCUGGGAGGCUGUUCUGCAUUAUAUGGUCGGCACUCCGAGUGAACAGAGGUCGGGGGCCGUUCAAACGCUCCUCGAAAAGUCGGGUCUUAUGGCACGCAGCGAGAAACGGGAUAGCGACGAGCUGAGGAUCACCAACAAAGGAUUCCAGUUCCUACUUCAAGACGUCAAUGUGCAAGUUUGGGCCUUUCUGCUGCAGUACCUCGAUAUGGCCGAUGAACUCAACUUGGAUCUUGUCGACGAGCUCAAUUUUCUGUUCCAGCUCGGGAGUCUGGAGCUUGGGCAGGGAUAUUCUGUCGAGCGACUGACGGUCACCCAACGGCACAUGCUCGACGAUCUGAAGCAUUUUGGCAUCGUAUACCAGAGAAAGAAAAAAUCGACUCGGUUCUAUCCGACCAAGCUUGCGACGUCGCUGACAUCCGGAUGGAGCCGCGUCGGCAAAGCCGAGGAAAAGGGAUUCAUCAUCGUCGAGACCAACUUUCGCAUCUAUGCGUACACAGACUCGCCGCUGCAGAUCGCCGUUCUGAGCCUCUUUGUCGAACCCAAGUCGCGGUUCGUCAACAUGAUCGUUGGUGCGCUCACCCGAGACAGCGUUCGCGGAGCCAUGGAGAAUGGAAUCACAGCCGACCAGAUUAUCAUGUAUCUGACCACCCACGCGCAUCCCGAGAUGCGAAAGACGGCCACGGUCCUGCCACCAACAGUCGUCGACCAAAUCCGCUUGUGGGAGCUGGAGCGAAACCGCAUGAGCGUGCAGCGAGGCUGUUUAUACAAGGACUUUUCCCGGGAAGCCGACUACCGGAGCGUCCUCAACUUUGCCAAGCAAUCCAACUACUUGCUAUGGCAGGAUGAUCAGCACAUGGUCAUGGUGAUUGCGGCGGAGGGACAUGAGGCCGUGAAGAGCUAUGUGCGCCAGCGGCAAGUAUCCCGCUCGGCAAACUGAGCCUUGCUUGGCGAGCCAAUACACCAGCACCAAAAUACCUCGUUGAUCCUCCUC